AGGAAGGAGAAUAAAGCUCAGCCCGUCGCUCCCUCUCAUUCACAGCCCAGCCUGGGAACGCGACAUUCCCGCGGCACCGACCCCUCCCCGGAGCGGCACAGCUGGCAGCAUGAAAAUACUCCUCCUUUCUGCUCUUUUCCUGCAUUUUCUCCACCAAGGGAGCACGAGCAGGGAGGCGCCUGCAGUCGACAGCUAUGAGAUAGUUUAUCCACGGAAAUCACACUCCCUGCACAGGAGGAGCGCGGGAAGGAGCACGCAGACCAAAUAUGUUGACACAGUGGAGUAUGGAAUCAAAGCCAGUGGCCAGGAAGUCGUCCUGCAGCUACGAAAAAAUAAGGAUCUUUUAGGUCGAGAUUACACUGAAACCGUUUAUUCUGAUGACGGGCGACAAAUCACAACAACUCCUCAGAUCAAGGAUCACUGCUUUUAUGAAGGCCAAGUUGAGGGUGAUGCUGAGUCCAGAGUGAGCAUCAGUACCUGCCAAGGUCUCAGUGGCUACUUUGAGACCCGUGGCCAGAGGUACCUGAUUGAGCCCCUGGGAGCCUCGGACAGGGCAGAACACGCCGUGUACAAAUACGAGGCCCUGAACCAAGAGCCCAUCAAGACCUGUGGCCUCACCAACAACACCUGGGAACAGGAUUCCAACGACCCCAUCAACGACAUCUUCAAAUCCAGCAACAGCCCAGAGAUGAAAGAGUAUCUGAAAGCAAAAAAAUACCUGGAGCUCUACGUAGUUGCAGACAACACUAUGUACAAGAACCAUGAUAAAGAUGUUAAAGCUAUCAGACAGAGGAUAUUUGGAAUAGUCAACUACAUCAACACGGUUUAUAAGGCCUUAAACAUCCACGUGGCUUUGGUGGGCCUGGAGGUGUGGACGGAUGGGGACAAGUGUGCCCUGAGCAGGAACGCCGGGCUCACCCUGGACGCCUUCGCCAAGUGGCGCCGCUCGGAGCUGCUCAAGAGGAAGAAGAACGACAACGCUCAGCUCAUCACGGGCCUUGACUUUGAGGGGACAACGAUUGGAUUGGCCUUUCUCAAGUCCAUCUGCAGUAAUUUAUAUUCUGCAGGUAUUAUUCAGGACCACAGCAGGAACGAGAUCGCAGUGGCAGCCACGAUGGCCCACGAGAUGGGGCACAACCUGGGCAUGAGCCACGACACCGAGGCCUGCUCGUGCAGCGACAACGUCUGCAUCAUGACAGACACCGUCAGUUCCUUCAUUCCCAAGGAAUUCAGCUCCUGCAGCCUGCAGAGCUUUGAGAAGUUCAUGCUGGGUGAGAUGCCGGAGUGCCUGACCAACGUGCCCGACGUGGGCAGCAUCAUCGCCCCUCCAGCCUGCGGGAACGGCUUCCUGGAGAAAGGGGAGGAGUGCGACUGUGGCACCCCCGAGGAGUGCACCAACGACUGCUGUGACCCCGAGACCUGCAAGCUGACCUCGGGGUCUGUCUGUGCCCACGGGGAGUGCUGUGAGAACUGCCAGUACAAGAAGUCAGGAGCAGUGUGCAGGGCGGUGAAGCACGACUGUGACCUGGCCGAGAUGUGCUCCGGGACCUCCGCCAGCUGCCCCUCCGAUCGAUUCCGGGUCAACGGGCACCCCUGCAACUUUGGAGAGGGCUACUGCUACAUGGGCAAGUGCCCCACCAGGGACAGCCAGUGCAAGGCUGCCUUUGGACCACAGGCAACAGAUGGGGCACCCUCCUGCUACCACGUGAACCAGAGGGGGGUCUACUACGGCUACUGCAGGAAGGAGAAAGGGAGCCACGUCCCCUGCAAGAAAAAAGACAAAAUGUGUGGGAAGCUGUUCUGCUCCGGAGGGAGGGAGAUGCCUCGGGAGGGGAGCCUGGUGACCUUUGAUUCCUGCAAAGCAAGUUUUUCUAAAACUGGAGACGAGGACCCCGGGAUGAUUCUUGAUGGGACCAAGUGUGGGAAUGGGAUGGUGUGCAGCAAUGGAGAGUGUGUCUAUGCUGAGGAGGUCUUCAGAUCAACCAACUGCUCUGCCAAGUGUUCUGGACACGCUGUGUGUGACCACGAGCUGCAGUGCCAGUGUGAGGAAGGAUGGGCACCACCCACCUGCGACAGCUCCUCAGCCUUUACCAGCAUUGCCAUCGUGGUGGGGGUGCUGGCUGUGCUGGCUGUCACAGCGACUGCAGCCGUGCUGCUCAUCCGCCUCCGAGUGGCCAAGGAGAGCCACCAGAACAGGAGGGGCCCUGGAGCCACCAACCAAGUCUUUGUGGAUCAAGAGCAGAGGUGCAGAGAACACCCAGGCCUGGCAGUGCCUGCCCAGAAGGUGAAUGGGAAGAAACUCCUGCUCCCUGUGCCUCCACCUCAGGAGAGCAAACCCCAGCUCCAGAGUCCUGCCUUAAGGCCUAAAGGUCCCCCACCUCCUGUUCCUUCCACCAAACCAGGCUCAUCUCACACAGAGGAGAAGUUUGCACCAGAGAGAAAACCUCCUCAUCUGCCAGUCCCCAAAGGCAAACCUGCACCUCCACCACAGGCUUUGAAACCCCCAAUGAAUCCCCGAGUCUGAAGUUUCUGAUGCAGGGCUGAUGGAGACACCUGACAUUUCCAGGAUCAUCUUCCUCUUCUCCUUCAAACAACGGACUGGCAGCUGCUUGGGAAGGAAAGGGUUGGACUUGGAGCAGUGAGGAGUGUGGUGGUGAUGGCACAGAGGAGAGGAAGCACAAUCCUUAUUUGCACUGAGGUGGAGGCUGGGAGCAGGUUACAAAAGCUGCUUUAGCACUUCCCAACUCCUGGGCCGGCACCCACGCUGCUCCUCUGGGCACAGACCUGAGGGCUCAGGGAAUGUGAACUGUUGGCUUUGUUUUGUUCCAUUUGUGGAUCUCUCCCUCUCCCUCCUCCACCACACACCAGGCCUUCCUUUCAACCACAUGCCAGUGAUUGAUGCCAGUGCUGGAGAAAGACAAACCCUUCCUGCCCUUUGGAGAGGAG